GCGGGGGGCGGCGUCUCUGUGAGGCGGCUCCACGUGCGCGCGGCGGGGACCCGGAUGCCGGGCCCGCCGGGCCCCGCCAUGCCGAUCGUGGAGAAGCUGAGGGAGGCGCUGAAGCCGGGCCGGCGGGACGCGGGCGAGGGCGCGGAGCUGGGCCGGCGGCUGGCCGCCGCCUCCAAGAAGGUGCUGCUGCAGAAGAUCGAGUUCGAGCCCGCCAGCCGCGACUUCUCCGGCCAGCUGGAGCUGCUGCGGGGGAAGUACGUGCUGCUCAACCCCCGGGCCGAGCCCGCCGGCCGCCAGCGCGGCCCCGCGGAGGGGCUGCCCGGCAGGCAGGGCAGCGACCGUGCGCCGCGGGGGCCGGGGGACGGGAUCCCCGCGCCCCAGAAGGUGCUUUUUCCCGCAGAGCGCCUCUCCAUGAAGUGGGAGCGGAUCUACCGGGUCGGCGCCGGGCUGCACAACCUGGGGAACACUUGCUUCCUCAACUCCACGGUGCAGUGCCUGACCUACACGCCGCCCCUCACCAACUACCUGCUCUCCAAGGAGCACAGCCGCAGCUGUCACCAAGGAGGCUUUUGCAUGAUGUGCAUUAUGCAGAACCACACGAUCCAGGCUUUUGCCAACAGCGGCAACACAAUAAAACCAGUGUCCUUCAUCCGAAACCUCAAGAAGAUUGCCCAGCACAUCCACUUCGGGAGACAGGAGGAUGCGCACGAGUUCCUGCGUUACACCAUUGAUGCCAUGCAGAAGGCCUGCCUGAGUGGCUGUACCAAGUUGGAUCGCCAGACCCAGGCCACGACGCUGGUUCACCAGAUCUUCGGCGGUUACCUGCGAUCCCGUGUGAAGUGCUCGGUGUGCAAGACUGUCUCAGACACCUAUGACCCUUACCUGGACCUGGCGCUGGAGAUCAGGCAAACCGCAAACAUAGUGCGGGCGCUGGAGCUGUUUGUGAGGCCAGACGUGCUGGGUGGGGAGAACGCCUACAUGUGUGCCAAAUGCAAGAAGAAAGUGUCGGCCAGCAAACGCUUCACCAUCCACCGAGCCUCCAAUGUUCUCACGCUCUCGCUGAAGCGCUUUGCUGACUUCGGUGGAGGCAAAAUCACAAAGGACGUGGGGUACCCUGAGUUCUUGAACAUCCGCCCUUACAUGUCUCAGAAGAAGGGGGAUCCUGUCGUGUACAGCCUCUAUGCAGUGCUGGUGCACUCUGGGUACAGCUGCCACGCAGGGCACUACUACUGCUACGUGAAGGCCAGCAAUGGGCAGUGGUAUCAAAUGAACGAUGACUUGGUCCGCUCCAGCAACAUCAAAGUGGUCCUCAACCAGCAGGCCUACGUGCUGUUCUACCUGAGAAUCCCCAGCCCCAGGAAGAGCUCAGAGGGGCCCAUUGCCAAAGCUGCCUCCAGCCUGCCUGGCCGUACUGGCAGCAUCUCCAGUCAGGUCAACAAAACCGUGACCAACGGGCCCCUGUUUUCACCGCUGCUGGGCCGGAGACCAGAUGUGCUGCCGGGGAAGAAGCUGCCAGGGCCAGAGGAGGUCGGAGUCCCUGUGGCCCGCAGCACAUUCGGGAAGGGGCCGAAGCUGCCGAAUGGAACUGCUCCGCCAAAGCUGCCCACUGGGUUCCUGUCACCCAAACUGCCCCUCAAAGCCACCCACACGGCCACAGCACUGCCUGAUGACGCCGCCCAGAGACCCAAGAAGCCCUUCUCCUUCCCGCAGCUGCCUCCCAUGCCCAAAGCAGUUCAGGGCUUUUGUGACACCAGCAAUGCAAAUGGGGCCAACUCGGAACUGCCGCGGCAGAAAUCCUGGGAGGGCAAGCAGCCACCUACCUCAUCCAAACCGCUGCUGGAGCCGAGCCCCAGCCAGGAGCCCAGGGGCAGUGGGGAGAACGCCGGGACCCCGGAGAGGGACUCCUCUGGCAGCAGUGCUGCUAGCCCAGCACACAGUGCAGCAGGGAAGCUGGCCAAACUGUCCCAGAAGGCCAAGAGUGGAACCAGCAGCUUCCACACCUCUCAGGAAACGGACUGUGGCGCAGACCUCCCUGCUGGCCCCAGUGCCAAGCCGACUGCCCCCAAAGACUCCAAGCCAGCAAAACUGAAAUCCUCCCUGUUGGCCAGUGCCACUCUGGAGCCAAGCAGCACCACGUCACCGCCACCGGCCAAGAAGCUGGCGCUCUCUGCCAAAAAGGGCAGCACCCCGCGGAAGGCGAGCGGAAGUGACCGCCACGCACAACCUCACCCACAAUUUGCUGACCGCACCACCACCACCACCACCCACCCCGACUCCACUCCCUGGCCUUUCGGCAAGCCGAGACUGUCCUCGUCUGCUCUCAAACUGCCAAAUCCUGAAAAGCCUGCCUUCAGCUUCAUCCUCAACUCAGCCCCUCAGCUCCCAGCCUCCCCCCCAACCAACGGUUCCACUGCCCACCCUUCACACCACCUUCCUCCCUGCAGCAAGGAGAAGGGGCCCAGCCAGGUCACCGCUGGUUCCUCCAAAAAGAAACGGAGAAAGCAGCAUCAUGGAACAGACAGCAGCCCUUGUGCUGUGGCUGUGAAGGGCAAGGAUGAAGUCCCCAGCCCCCCUAGGAAGAAGAAGAAUCUCACUCAGGAGGGCUCGGUGUCGCUUGCGGGGAAGGAGGCGGCAGGCAAAGGUCCCAGCAGUGGUGGGGAUGGGCCAGGCUGCUGGGAUCUGGAGAGCAGACCCAAGCAGCAAGUGUCAGACCCCGGUACUUACCUGGAUGUGGAGCCCACCUUCCCUCUCAAGAAGAAGAAGAAAAAGAGGAGAAUGGAGGAGACAGAAGAACGCUGCUCCGGGAUGCUGUCCUCGGGCAGCUCUAGGACGGCUGAGUCGAGGCCCCGGAGGACAAAGCAGCGGCGGAGGGUGGAGUCUGGGGCUGGGGAGAGCGAGCACCGCAAGCGCAAGUGGAGGGAAAGCCUCAGCAGCCCGAGCUUGGAGCGGCCAGCUGCCAACAGCGCCCGUGCCACAGACAGCACCCCAGUGGCAUCAUGUGCCUGGGCCAGCCAGGCUGGAGAUGGCCACGGGGCUGGCACAGCACCCAGGACCCAGGAGGAGUCUAGCGUGGUGGAUGAGCUGCUCAGGAACUCCAUGGACAAGGCUUAUGGCAAACAAGUCUUGACCUGGGGCGGCGAGGUCUCGGCUGUCAGCCAGGACGCCAUUCAGGAUGCGGCGCGGGCCCGCAGCGAGACUGUUGUCGACGAGUGGGACGAGGCGUUUGACAGAGGGAAGGUAAAGAAGAUUAAAAAACUGAAGCAGGAGCGGAGACACCACUUCAAUCCCUUCCAGCAGCUGCAGAGCAAGCGCAACUUCUGGUCGGUGACGCAUCCUGCCAAGGUGGCCAGCCUGAGCCGCCGGCUCUGAGGUGGAGAUCCCUGUCCCCCGGCCGGCACGUGGAGCAGGCCCGGGUCAAGGACGGGCCGGGGAGCACUGGCCUGGACCCUGCUGCGGAGGGGAUGCUGAUCCCACACGGUGCUGGGGUCAGGUCCCCGGGCUCCCCUGCUCCCAGCUGCUGUCCCUGGGGGCUGGCCCUGCUGCCCUCUGCUCUCCAGCUGAGGAGCAGCCUCUGACCAGCCCUGCCCAGGCUCUGCCGGCUCCUCUGUGCCUCUGCCUGGGGCUGGAGCAGCCCCUUCUCCCACCCGCAGCCUCGAGUUUAAGGCUUGGGGGGACCCCUGGAAAGUGCCUGUAGGUUGUCCCUGCUGCUCGGGGUUCACUGGGGGGGGGGGGGGUGCACCGGCCCCAGUGGGAGCGCUGGGGGCACUGGUCCCUGUGCAGUACCCGGGCUGGUGUUCAUCGCCGGGCUUGGGGAUGCUCCAACCCCGCCUGCCCCUCAGGACCCCCCCCUGCACCGUGCCUGGCUGACACACACACCCCCCCCCCCCUUCCCAGCCCCUCUCCCGCUCCCCCCUGUGCAAGUCGCAAUGAAACCGUUGGGCCCCUCGCGCUGGUCGCGGGAGGCGGCGGGUCCCCGCGGGGCCGGGGCGCUGCCGCCCGACCGCGGGCGAUAAAAUAAACUCGUGGUGCCUGUGA